UGCUUCGAUAAACAAGAAAGAAUGCUGCAAGCAAAGGCAGCAGUUUCGCUGUAAAAUCCUAUUGCUGACAGCCAAGACGGGCGUAUUCCCUCGCGACCAGCCUGUGGCGUCGUUGGGGCUCCGGAAGGGCGCGCGCGAGCGCUUUUUUGGGAGGACACCACAGGUGGACGCCUCAGCUGAUCGUCCUCCCUCCCGGGGACCCUGCCCCGAGUCGCCGAGUAGCCGCAGAGUCGCCUCCGUCGCCCGGCCGCCCCUAGUGUUUCGGACAUGGCCGCGCGCCUUCUCCGAGGGUCCCUACGCGUCCUGGGCGGCCACUGUGCGCCGCGCCAGCUGCCCGCCGCGCGAUGUUCUCAUUCUGGAGGGGAAGAACGUCUAGAAACUCCUUCUGCUAAAAAAUUAACAGAUAUAGGAAUUCGAAGAAUCUUUUCUCCAGAGCAUGACAUCUUCCGGAAAAGUGUAAGGAAGUUUUUCCAAGAAGAAGUGAUUCCUCAUCAUUCAGAAUGGGAGAAAGCUGGAGAAGUAAGUAGGGAGGUUUGGGAAAAAGCUGGAAAACAAGGGCUGCUUGGUGUCAAUAUUGCAGAGCAUCUUGGUGGAAUUGGAGGGGAUCUGUACUCCGCAGCUAUUGUCUGGGAGGAGCAAGCUUAUUCAAAUUGUUCAGGCCCAGGUUUUAGUAUUCAUUCAGGUAUUGUCAUGUCCUAUAUUACAAACCAUGGCUCAGAAGAACAGAUUAAGCACUUUAUUCCCCAGAUGACUGCAGGCAAAUGUAUUGGUGCAAUAGCAAUGACAGAGUCUGGAGCUGGAAGUGACUUACAGGGAAUAAAAACAAAUGCUAAAAAGGAUGGAAGUGACUGGAUUCUCAAUGGAAGCAAGGUGUUCAUCAGUAAUGGGUCAUUAAGUGAUGUUGUGAUUGUAGUUGCGGUCACAAAUCAUGAAGCUCCCUCCCCUGCCCAUGGUAUUAGCCUUUUUCUGGUGGAAAAUGGAAUGAAAGGAUUUAUCAAGGGACGAAAGCUACAUAAAAUGGGAUUAAAAGCCCAGGAUACCGCAGAACUAUUCUUUGAAGAUGUACGGUUGCCAGCUAGUGCCCUACUUGGAGAAGAGAAUAAAGGCUUCUAUUACAUCAUGAAAGAGCUUCCACGGGAAAGGCUGUUAAUUGCUGAUGUGGCAAUUUCAGCUAGUGAAUUCAUGUUUGAAGAAACCAGGAACUAUGUUAAACAAAGAAAAGCUUUUGGCAAAACAGUUGCUCACCUACAGACAGUGCAACAUAAAUUAGCAGAAUUAAAAACACAUAUAUGUGUAACCCGAGCAUUUGUGGACAACUGUCUCCAGCUGCAUGAAGCGAAACGUUUGGACUCCGCCACUGCUUGCAUGGCGAAAUACUGGGCAUCUGAGUUACAAAAUAGUGUAGCUUACGACUGUGUACAGCUCCAUGGAGGUUGGGGAUACAUGUGGGAGUACCCAAUUGCAAAAGCUUAUGUGGAUGCCAGAGUUCAGCCAAUCUAUGGUGGUACAAAUGAAAUAAUGAAGGAGCUGAUUGCAAGAGAGAUUGUCUUUGACAAGUAGACAUCUGCCCACAUCCUGGAAUCCUAUCCUAUUACAGCUAAUCUCAUUUUAAAUCUGCUCAAGAUAAAAUGUAACUUGGAAAGCGAGGAAACACUAAACAUGUUUUUACCUGCUCUCUCUAUAGAGAAGGAAAUAAAAUAUAAAUAUAAGAUUAACACAGUGGAAGGAUAAAUCUUUGAAGCCAAAAUUCUAGUUUUCCAAUAUAAGGUUUAACUUACAGUUUUUUAUGUAGCCAAAGGUAAACGGUUUUCUGAAUCUUG